CACAUGGUACUUCCAACUUUAUAAUCAAUUUUAUAAUCUUGCUUCCCGCGUAUUGGCUUUGACUUUUCCUUCGGAUUUUUUUCUGGGUGUGUAUAAUAUAUAUAUAUAUAUAUAUCUUCAAUAAAAACUAGUUCCUCUUAAUAUCAAUCUAUCUCUCAAAGUUUCUCAUUCGCUGCAAUUUUUAUAUCUUUUCUGAGUGCUAGCUAGCUCGAGCUAGCUCCUUAAUUAAUGGCCUACACGAGAUUAAGCAGAUGGCUUAGUCUUGCAUUGUUUCUAUUUAAUUUUCUUACAACAGAAGGUGGUUUAGUGGACAUCACUUAUCUUCAAAAUGCAGUAGCUAAAGGAGCUGUUUGUUUGGAUGGUAGCCCACCUGCUUAUCACUUCCAAAAGGGAUUUGGCGAAGGGAUUAAUAGUUGGAUGAUUUAUCUUUCGGGUGGAGCAUGGUGUGAAAAUGUGACAGCUUGUUUAAAGCGGAAAAAUCUACCCUUGGGUUCAUCCAAGCUUAUGGAGAAGCAAUUUAAUUUCACAGGAAUCAUGAGCAACCAACAAGAGCUUAAUCCAUACUUUUAUAACUGGAACAUAAUCAGGGUUAGGUACUGUGAUGGCUCAUCAUUCACCGGAGAUGUGGAAGCCGUAGACCCUGCUACUAAUCUUCACUUCAGAGGAGCAAGGAUUUGGCAUGCUGUAAUGGAGGACUUAUUAGCAAAGGGAAUGAAAAAUGCUGAAAAUGCUAUACUGGCUGGUUGUUCAGCUGGAGGAUUGACCACACUUCUUUAUUGCGAUGAAUUCAAAGCUCUCUUCCCUAAUACUACCAAAGUAAAAUGCGUUGCGGAUGCUGGUUUCUUUAUCGAUGCGGAAGAUAUUCGUGGUGAACGAACAAUUGAAACUAUAUAUAGUCAAAUAGUUGAAACACAUGGCUCUGCGAAGAAUUUGCCUAAAUCCUGCACUUCAGAAAGGAAACCAGAGUUGUGUCUUUUUCCACAAUAUGUGAUUCAACAUGUUCAGACGCCCAUCUAUAUCAUAAAUUCACCCUAUGAUCAGUGGCAGGUGAUGAACAUUCUUGUCCCUGGAACUGCUGAUCCUCAUGGUAAUUGGUUACCUUGCAAGCAGGACGUAAGAAAUUGUUCGAGUGAUCAAAUCGAAACUAUGCAGCAAUUCAGGUCGAAAUUUUUGGAUGCAUUGGGAGGAUUAUUGGAGAAGAAUUCUGAAUCUAAUGGAAUGUUUAUAGACUCUUGCUAUGAACACUGCCACAUCGAUAAGCAAGAAACGUGGUUCAGAAAUGAUUCUACCGUUGUAUCGAACAAGAAAUUGGCAGAUGAAGUUGGAGAUUGGUUUUAUGAUGAUAAAUAUCAACCAUUGCAGAAACCAGAUUGUCCUUACCCUUGUAACCCUACUUGUCAUAACGUUGUAACCAAUUUUACACAGUGGAUGUAGCAUGAAUUUCGAUCGGUUCGAACCAUAUAUUAACUUGUGACAUGUUCAAAGCGAAGGAAAAAAAGAGAGGAUAAUGCUUAA